AUGGGCAGUCGCCAACGUGAUGUCUCGCUAUGGGGCAACGCCAGGGCCUGCACCAAAACUGUUCCAUCGUUCGAAACUGCACCACUGCUGACAGUGGCGCAGAAAGUGGCGGAAGUGGUGUUGGAUGCAUUGGCUGCUGCGGCGGCCCAGGCGAUCGAGGCGCCAGCUCAUGAGACAACCUUCCGCCAUUUACACGGAGGGCGACCUCCAGAAAAGACCAGACAUGCCUCAUGGUUCGACCAGUCUUUGGUGAUGCCAGGCGCGGAGGAACCCAAAGCGGAGGUACCCUUCCGGCAGCUGCCGUCCAUUGCCACCUGGCUCUCUGCUACCACGCUACGGAACAAGCGAGGCGAGAAGGCUGAUAACGAGACGCUCUGCCCCUCGGUGCCGUGCUUGGACGCUUGGCUGCAGCGGAGGCCACCAUCUUGA